AUGGCCUCCCAGCACUCCCGCCGCUUCGUCCGGCCUCUUUUAUAUACCUCCGCCGCACUAGCCACCGGCGCCGGUCUUCUCUACGUCGCAUAUCGCCCACGAAACAUUCCAGGUUCAGAGCCAGCCGUUGUGCCCCCGCCCGGGUAUCGCUCAGGAAAGCUUGUGCCCCCGAGUUUUCCGCGCAUCAAAUCGCGUGAAGAGCAAAUCGCCGACUUGCGACGGAGCGCUGGUUUCGGCACUCAGAAUGGAGAGGCAGAGCCCUACGACUUGCUCGUCAUCGGAGGUGGUGCGACCGGCUCCGGUAUCGCGCUCGAUGCCGCAACUCGAGGUUUGAGAGUCGCCGUGGUCGAGAGAGAUGACUUCAGUGCGGGAACCAGUAGUAAGAGCACCAAGCUGGUGCACGGCGGUGUUCGUUAUUUGGAAAAGGCCGUUUGGGAAUUGGAUUAUGCCCAGUACUCGCUCGUCAAGGAAGCGCUCCGGGAGCGUAAAUAUUUCUUGAAAACCGCUCCCCAUUUGUCCUCGUGGCUGCCGAUUAUGGUCCCUGUGCAGAAGUGGUGGCAAGCUCCAUACUUCUGGUUGGGUUGCAAGGCCUACGACUUCUUGGCUGGAUCCGAGGGCAUCGAGAGUUCCUACUUCCUGACACAUAGUAAAGCUCUAGAUGCUUUCCCUAUGCUGAAAAAAGAGGACCUGUUCGGUGCCGUGGUUUAUUACGACGGUGCACACAAUGACUCGCGUAUGAACGUUUCUCUAGCAAUGACCGCCGCCUUGUACGGUAGCACAGUUGUCAACCACCUGGAAGUCACCGGUUUGACCAAGGACGCCUCUGGAAAACUCAACGGAGCUCUCGUCAAGGAUCUCGUCGCCGAAAAGAACGGCCAAGAGGCCAAGGUGUUCCCCAUCCGCGCCAAGGGUAUCAUCAAUGCCACUGGUCCUUUCUGCGACUCGAUUCGCAAAAUGGAUGAGCCCGAAACCAAAGACAUUGUCGCCCCUAGCUCCGGUGUCCAUGUUAUUCUCCCCGGUUAUUACAGUCCCUCCAACAUGGGGCUUAUCGAUCCUUCGACAUCAGAUGGUCGUGUGAUUUUCUUCUUGCCAUGGCAAGGAAAUACCAUUGCUGGAACGACUGACCGAGCCACCCAGAUCACAGCUCACCCCCAACCCGAUGAAGAGGAUAUUGACUGGAUUUUGAACGAGAUCAGCGGAUACCUCGCUCCGGAUAUCAAUGUGCGACGGGAGGAUGUUCUUGCGGCAUGGUCAGGAAUUCGACCGCUCGUCCGCGAUCCCAAGGCUAAGAACACAGAAUCUCUUGUCCGAAACCACUUGAUCACUAUCUCUGCAUCCGGUCUUUUGACUUGUGCUGGUGGGAAAUGGACAACUUACCGACAAAUGGCUGAAGAGGCUGUUGACGAAGCCAUCAAGGGAUUCUCUCUACAGACUCACAAGGUGCAAGAUGUCCCCGACGUAAGCGGCACAGGACUCAAGACGGACAACUUCAACCUCGACGGUUCCUGCCAAACCCACCAGGUUCGCCUCAUUGGUGCUCACGGAUACUCCAAGACCCUUUUUAUCAACCUUAUUCAACAUUUCGGCAUUGAGACCGACGUUGCCAAGCACUUGACCAUAUCCUAUGGUGACCGUGCAUGGCAAGUCGCUGCUCUUUCUUCUCCAACCGCUGCCCGCUUCCCUGUUCGCGGAGCACGUGUAUCCCCUCUUUACCCCUUCAUUGAUGGUGAAAUUCGCUAUGCUGUGAGACACGAGUAUGCUCAGACGGCGGUUGACGUUUUGGCUCGCCGAACCCGUCUUGCUUUCUUGAAUGCUCAAGCUGCCCUCGAAGCGCUCCCCAGCGUCAUUGAUUUGAUGGCCGAGGAAUUGAAAUGGGACGAGAAGCGAAAGAGCCUUGAAUGGAAGGACACCGUUCAGUUUUUGACAUCCAUGGGUCUUCCUCAGAGUUAUGUCAACGUCACAAGGAAGGAAGUUGAGGAAGGAAAGUCUCGUAUUUUGAUCGAGGGCAAGCCAAGCUCAGCCAGGACCGACUCUCCCGCCGAUAUUCUCCAGGGUGAUCUUACAAGCAUAGGCAAGAAAGAUCCCGGCAUGAGCCCUGAGUCGCCCGUAAACAAAUAG